AUAUUCUUGUCGUCAGUAACUAAAGGUUACAAGGCAGAAAAAACUUGAAGAGUGAGGACGUUACAAUUUUCAGUGUUCAAUAAAAUACAGACAGACAGACAAAAUGAGAGAAAUCGUACACAUACAAGCCGGACAGUGCGGUAACCAGAUCGGAGCAAAAUUCUGGGAAGUGAUCUCAGACGAGCACGGUAUUGACCCCACCGGUACCUACCACGGGGACUCAGACCUCCAGCUUGAGAGAAUCAACGUUUACUACAAUGAAGCCACUGGUGGCAAAUAUGUACCCAGAGCCGUACUUGUCGAUUUGGAGCCAGGAACCAUGGACUCUGUCAGAUCUGGACCUUUCGGCCAGGUGUUCAGACCAGACAACUUUGUGUUCGGACAGAGCGGAGCUGGAAACAACUGGGCAAAGGGACAUUACACAGAAGGUGCUGAAUUAGUGGACUCCGUGUUGGACGUUGUACGAAAGGAGGCCGAGAGCUGUGACUGUCUUCAGGGAUUCCAACUUACACAUUCCCUUGGUGGUGGUACUGGAUCUGGUAUGGGAACACUUCUGAUCAGUAAAAUCCGUGAAGAAUACCCAGACAGAAUCAUGAACACAUUCUCAGUUGUGCCAUCGCCUAAGGUAUCCGACACAGUAGUUGAACCAUACAAUGCCACCCUGUCUGUCCACCAGCUUGUUGAGAACACAGAUGAGACCUACUGUAUUGAUAACGAGGCCUUGUACGAUAUCUGCUUCAGAACCUUGAAACUGACCACCCCAACCUACGGUGACUUGAACCAUCUUGUCUCUGCCACCAUGUCUGGUGUAACCACUUGUCUGCGAUUCCCAGGUCAGCUGAACGCCGAUCUUCGUAAAUUGGCGGUCAACAUGGUUCCCUUCCCACGUCUCCACUUCUUCAUGCCAGGAUUCGCACCGCUUACUUCUCGUGGUAGCCAGCAGUACAGAGCUCUGACCGUCCCAGAACUCACCCAGCAGAUGUUUGAUGCCAAGAACAUGAUGGCUGCCUGCGAUCCACGUCACGGACGAUACCUGACGGUCGCAACAAUGUUCCGUGGUCGUAUGUCCAUGAAAGAGGUAGAUGAACAGCUGUUGAACGUCCAGAACAAGAACAGCAGCUACUUCGUCGAAUGGAUCCCCAACAACGUCAAAACCGCCGUCUGUGAUAUCCCACCACGUGGUCUUAAGAUGUCCGCCACCUUCAUUGGCAACAGCACCGCCAUCCAGGAACUGUUCAAGCGUAUCUCCGAACAGUUCACCGCUAUGUUCCGUCGUAAGGCUUUCUUGCAUUGGUACACUGGCGAGGGUAUGGACGAGAUGGAAUUCACAGAAGCCGAAUCCAACAUGAACGACUUGGUCUCUGAAUACCAACAGUACCAGGACGCCACCGCCGAGGAGGAGGGCGAGUUCGACGAGGAGGAAGGUGAAGGAGAAGAAGCUUAAACCUGUUUAAACUGACACUUGUAACAUCCAGAACAACACAAUACAAUAAUAACUAAUAUUGCUACCGAAAAUAAUGUGAUAAAGUACAUGUACGAACAAUGGGGACCAAUAAUAUAAAAUAUAACACAGUAAAAGUACUAAAACAAAAGGAAGAGAUAUUAUAUUACAAUAUUCUGCCAUUUGACAAAUAUAGUUAUUCAUUUAGAAUUUUUAAAUAUCGUUUUAAGAUAACACACACAUAUAUAUGGUUGGAGUGCAAUAACCAUAGUUAUUAAACAGUAUUCCGCAGUUGAAAAAUCAAAAACUAAAUUGUUAAACUUUAGAAAAUAAAGAUAAAAAACUA